AUGAUCAGCGAAUGUCAAUGCAUUGCCUGGCAGCAGGGUGUUUUUGAACCAUUCAGCGUGAUGCUGGCUGCUGUGUCUUGGGCUUCUGUGUCUGCUGCAGAAAUGGGCUCGCCAGAGUGUGACAGCAGCAUCCAUGGGAUUGGCACUCUGGAGGAGCUGAACCACAAUAGUUCUUUGGCCAAGCUCCUGUUACUCUACCAGGCUAGCAACGGGACAUCAUUCAACUGGACAGACAGCCGGAUUGUUGAGUGGGAGAAGUUUGCUGAACUGGCGAAGUACGAGCCAGAGUCACAGAAACCCACCGUGAAGGCUCUCCUCAUUGUGGCCUACACAGUCAUCAUUGUUCUCUCUCUCUUUGGGAACUUGCUGGUCUGCCACGUGGUGAUCAAGAACAAGAGGAUGCACUCAGUCACCAGCCUCUUCAUCGUUAAUUUGGCCGUGUCAGACCUCAUGAUCACCCUGCUUAACACGCCCUUCACAUUGGUUCGAUUUGUUAACAGCACAUGGGUCUUCGGGAAAACUAUGUGUCAUCUCAGCCGCUUUGUGCAGUACUGCUCCCUCCAUGUAUCCACACUGACCUUGACAGCCAUAGCUCUGGACCGACAUCAGGUCAUCCUGAACCCACUUAAGCCAAAGCUCUCCCUGACUAAAGGAGCACUGAGCAUUUCUGGGAUCUGGGGACUGGCGGCCUGCUUUUCCCUGCCCCAUGCCAUCUACCAAAAGCUUUUCCAGUAUAAUUAUAGGGAAGCCACCGUUCGGCGUUUGUGCCUCCCUAAUUUUCCAGAGCCAGCAGAGCUGGUGUGGAAAUACCUGGAUCUUUCUACCUUCCUCCUCCUCUACCUCUUGCCUCUCCUCAUCAUAACAGUAACUUAUGCACGGCUGGCCAAGAAGCUGUGGUUGCGCAAUGCCAUUGGGGACAUCACUACACCACAGUACAUUGCCCAUCGCAAGAGCAAGAAGAAGAGCAUCAAAAUGCUGGUCCUGGUGGUGGUGGUCUUUGCUGUCUGUUGGUUUCCACUCCAUUGUUAUGUGCUUCUCAUUUCCAGUCUGGGUAUCAAAACCAAGAACUCCCUUUAUUUCGCUCUGCACUGCUUCGCCAUGAGCAGCACCUGUUACAACCCUUUCAUCUACUGCUGGUUGAACGAAGGCUUCCGCUCAGAGCUUAAGUCCUUGCUUGCCAUGUGCUGGAAGGCACCUCAGACACAGGACAACCUGAUCCCAGGGAUGACUCUGCCUUACCGUGAAGCAUGGAUGCAGCAAGCCCAGUACAAGCAGAGAGUUUCUUUACAGAGCAUUCGAUCCACCACAAAUGUGCAGACGCUGAACACGGAUUUGUGA